ACCCGGUAAAUGUUUAAUGACUGUUGAAACUGCUUCCAAAUCACUGUUCGGUUGGUUGUUUAAGAGGAGACGUUUCCUCUCGCAGCAGGUACUAGCAGCUCACCUGGCAUUAGAGACACAUUUGGGUAAAGAGUCAUUCUGGGUGAAAUACAUUGGUUCUCUACCACAGAACAUAGCAACCCCUGUGUUUACAUCGAGUGCGGAAAUAGAUGUUCUCCCUAUCGAAGUGACAAGCCAAGUGAACAGUUUUAAAGUUAACAUCGGAUUGUUGUUUCAAGAGUUAGUGGAAUCUUUCUCCCCAAACGACAAAUGUCCUCAUUGUGAUAUUUCGGUGUUUAAAAUAUUUACAUUUGAUAGUUUUAUCUGGGCUUGGUUCAUAAUAAACUCCCGAGCAGUGUACAUCUGUCCCGAACGCAACAGUGAUCACCAGUUGAAGUUAUCAGAUUCAAACUGUCUGGCACUUGCACCUUACUUGGACAUGUUCAAUCAUUCCAAUGACGCCAAAGUUCAAGCGUUUGUCAGUGAAGUGGACGGUCAUUAUCGAAUACAAACGUCUACACCGUUCAGAAAAAAUACACAAGUAUUCAUUCACUACGGCGAUCACGCUAACUUGAAACUCUAUUUGGAGUAUGGUUUUAUCAUUAGUAAUAAUAUUCAUGACACGCUCCAAGUCACUUUUGAUGAGGUUUACUCUACAAUUGUUUGUAAAAAUCAGGAAACUAGUACCUCUAAAAAGACUUAUUCUUUUCUAAAAUCUCAUGAUCUUUUGACUAACAUGUACUUGAGUGCCGAUGGCUUGUCUUGGAGCUUAAAAGCUCUCAUUUAUGUGUUGUUGUCCUCUGAAAAAGUUGACCACAAGACUAUUCAGCUCAAAGUGUAUUCUAACAGUUUUACUAACAAUGAAUUGGGUGACAUUUGGAAAAUUGGUAAGCUCGUGCUCGAGAAGAAAAGACACCAAAUUCAAACACAACUUCAAGAAAUGAAACAUGCCAAAGAUUACAAACUUUGUUCCAAUGUAUCAGGGAGUUUUUUAAUGGCCAUUGAAUUGUAUCAAGAGUAUCUAAGUGUGCUGGGUAAUUGUGAGAAAAAUGCUGUAGGCUAUAGUUAAUUGUGUUUUAAAAUACCGGUAAUAGUUGUUCUAGUUCAAUGUUAGCUCAAACAACACCCUUGAUGUGACAAUCUUAAUCUUAAUAGGCUAUUUAAAAACCAGAAUUGUUUGAUUUUAAAACAUGAUCAUGUAAGAUAAUAUAUGUUAUACUGUCAUUUUAGGGUCCUAUACUAUGUCUUCCACAAUUUACGAAUUUGUUUCAAGUGAUAUAUUUUUGUACUAUAACAUUUUUGUUUUGUAAGGCUAUAUCUCCAGAAACACCAAUAUUCAAAGUAGAGUAGGUCUUGAGAUGGAAAACUGAAGUUACAAACCAAUGGCCUAGUUGUAUGGCUCAUGUUAAUGUUCUUUCACUGUCCAAAAAAAGUCUCUGCUUAUAAUGAAAGCUAUAAUUUCAUCGAAAUUAAACCUUUACCCUCCUAAUGUUAAUCUAAUUCAGAUCAAUUGACACAAUCCCAAAUUAUGCAAUUCAAUCUAGCUUCAUCACAAGCCAUAUUUGACUAUUCACAGAGGGGACUUGUCCGGGCUACUUACUCUUUUAAAUGUUGCUUAGUCUGUGUUGCAUAUAAUGCAGGUUUAGCUCAACCGUUUUACUUAUUUUAACAUUAUGGUUAAUUUUAAGUACUGAUCUAAGUUUAGUUCAUUUGGAAUGUCAGAGUAUUUUAAUUUGAUUCACUCAAAGUGGAAUUUAGCUAUAAUUCUGUGUUAUCUUUGCCAGAUAGGCUCUUGAAAUCAAAUAAAAUCACCUCUUUGAGAUAUGAAAUUUUAUUUAAAAAGAUAACAAUUAAUUAUUUAUUCAUACUGUAUAAUGUAUCACUCUGUAUAAGAAAAUAGCUCAUUUCUAUACAACUACAACUACAACUACAAGCUUUUCAAAAUUGUAGUUUUCCAAUCCACCAAAACAUAUGUUUCUACCUAUUCUAAACAUUCUGUUCAAAACAAUACUAUGCAUAGGUAUUUUCCAUCCCUAACAAAUAAAGUUUCUGUUUUGUUUAAUAGGAGCACUAAUGUAUUCUUUGAAUAAUAUCAAUAAUAUUGUAUGAAAUAGUAUUUUAUUAUUUAAUUAAAACCAAAAAGCAGUUUGUGAAUGUGUGAUUAUACUACUUCUCAUGAAUGUGUGUUCUGUAAAUGUGCUUCAGGGCUCAAUAGUCGUUUUCUGCGCACUUGGCUUCGCCUUCGCUUGUAAACCACUAUCUUGUCCGGAAAGGGUCACUUUUGGAGUGAAAUAUAGUCAACCGUUUUACUUAUUUUAACAUUAUGGUUAAUUUUAAGUACUGAUCUAAGUUUAGUUCAUUUGGAAUGUCAGAGUAUUUUAAUUUGAUUCAAGGAUAAGCUACAGAGGAUACCAAUUUAAGUCACAUCCUGUAGCUUAUAUGGCCAUAAUUAUGUUUGCUAUCACAAUAGUACUACAUUUAUCAUUCAUAUAGACCAAUCAAAUAAAUCAAUUAGACUGACGCUGCAUAUUUGCGUAGGUGUUCCAAUGUUAUUAAAAAGCUUUUAUCUUCGUAACGGUCCAUUUGAAGGCCCUGAAUUCUCUGCACAUGUGCGUCACUUGGUCGGUUGAUUAGUAGCGAACGUGUAAAUCUUGUCAUUGAAUAGAAAACAGUCUUCAUUAAUAAUAUUGGCUACAUUAACUUAUUUAAAUUCAAGAAACAAAGCAAAAGUGUGGAGUGUUAUUAUGCUGCUUACAAAAGGAAAUACCCCUACCGCGGCAAACCUGCCAACUAAGUGAAUUUCCAUUUGCCUGAAUUGAUUUUCAAUUAAAUGUAUUUAAUUAACAUAAGGUUUUAUGAGUACCUAGGCUUGCUGCUACAGGGAGGGUAAAAAAGUGUGUUUUUUAGUAAAAUAUUAAUAACUUAGUAUAAAAUAAAUAAAUUUAGCAAGUUUUAUCAAAAUAUACAGUAGACUCCCUCUUAUCCGGACACCUUUUAACCGCACAUCGGAUUAACCGGACUACACUCGGCGGAAAUGACAUCUGUUUAACCAGACAAUUUUUAUCAGCACAUUGGUUUAACCGGACUAGAUCGGCAGGAAGUGGGCAUUACUGAAAUGACUGUUCUCGUGGGAAAGAUUUGAGACCAGUGAUCACAUGUCUAAAUACAAUGCUCUCCUAAAUUUAAGUCGAAUAUCACAGUAAACAGUCCAUUUUAAUGAGUUUUUGGGGACGUCGGUUUAACCGGAAAACCCGCUAUCGGGACUGGCGUCGGUCCCGAGGAGUCCGGAUAAGAGGGAGUCUACUGUAUCCAUAAACAAGCAAACCACAACAUUUUACAAUAUUCUCCAUAAGAAUAACAUGGAAAUUUUAAAUAAACAAUUUUUAAAAUUUUCUCUGUGAUUAAUAAUUGUACAAUAGUUAUUUGUGUAAUUAGUGAGCAAAGUGGCACUUUGCUGCACACGAGAGCAACGUUUACGCACGAGUGCGGAAUGAUCUCGAGUGCAGCAAAGGCCUUUUGCACUCGUGUUACACAUUAUAUUUUUCCUACAGUCACUAUAAAGCAUAUAAAUAAUUAGUGUUUCAAACACUAUACAACACGUUUUUAGGUUGAGUUGGCAACACAAAUAGGUGCCCUAGAGAAAGUAGUCCCCGGUCCAUAUCACUCCGCUAUAUUUUCCUCGGCAAGCAAUGUGCUCCGCGACUUGAGAAAAUAGUUCCAUAUAUUUUUGUAAUUUGCAGUGGUUUUGGCUCCUAAAAAAAUGCUUAAAAGGUAUUUUCUUGUUUAUUAAGAUCGUAGGAAUGUUUUAAAAACGUUUAAAAGAAUUCCAGAAAGUUAAGAAAUACCGAAAAGAGAACAUAAACUAUAAACACAAAAUGACAGGUUAAAUAGUAGUUAUAAUAGUCAAUCAGCUGCUCAUAGUAUUAUUAUCUUUAAGUGUUGCCAACCUAUUUCCAAGCGUACACGGAUUACGUGCAUAAUACAGUAGAACCACGCUGUUUUGUGUUGUUUCGUUGAAAUCCUGAUGUGGGCCAAAGUAUAAACCGUACGACAAAGUAUAAAUAUGCAGCAAUUAGCAGCUUUCUAUACUAUAAACAGUACAAGGCAACCAACUUUGUCGGGUGAAUGUAGGAAAAAACACUUUGAUAUACUAUUUUUUUUUUUUUUUAAGCUCUUUAGAAAGGUCUGGAGAGAAAUUGGGAAAUUUUGUGUUUCGAGGUUCAAAAAUUAGAAAAACCAAUUUUUACCCUAUAAAACCCCCCAUAAAACCCUAUAGGGCUACAAAUAUAAUAAAAAUCAAAAACAUAGGUAGUUAACAAAGUACCCUUUUAAUAAUUAUUUUAUUUUGACAUACUGUAUAUAAAAUUUUGAACAAAUUGUGUUUUUGGCCUCUGGGGACAUCAAAAUGAAAAAGUAAAUCGGUCCCGGGCCAAGGUCUUACCAUGCCACCUACGGUAAUAGCUACUUCCCUAUAGGGAAAUUCGCUAAUAAAUCAUAUUUACAGCAACAAUCACUAUCUAAAUUGCUAUUUUCUACAAAAGAAAUUAAAAUAUUUCUGAGCUUUUUUAAUACAUAGCCUACUAGAUAACCUGUUGCUUGAAAACCAAAGGUUUCAAUAUAGCCUAUCUAUCGUUGCAUGUCACCAUAUGUUUCCUGAAUUACUGACCCAUUUUCAAUUAUUUGAUCUGGCAACUCAAUAAUAUCUGGACCAAUAUCAUUGUGAAGUCACACACAUUACCAAAGCUUCUGGAGGAAAUGACAACUUAAAAGUCCACUUCAACUUGUAAAGCACACAUUUCUAUUGUUAAUCUGAAUUUCUUUAUGCUUGACCACUGCGUGAAUGAUUUUACACAGUUUUUUACAAUAGUGGUCUGCUGAAUGAAUGUAGAAGAACUUGAAGCGUUUGUCAAAAGUCACCGCAAAGUUAAACUGUUUUCCCCCUGAAAACAUGUCAUGAACUUGAAAUUGUAGAUCCUGUUAGUAAUACUCUCAUCUAUAUGAGUUUUGGAGCUGACCAUGGCAAAGGUGGAAUUUAAUUGACAAACUUUAUCCAAAUAAUCUCCGGGUCUAGGUCUUACAGCCCUGUUUUCAGAUUGUGAAUUUCCAAUAGGUUCCUGAAAGUAUGAAUAAUUCCACAAAUGAGGUAGGCCUAAACGAACCUUUUCUGUAUGAUAACAAAGAGUAAAAAGUGUAACUGUCUCCAUCAGUCUUUUCUUGCUUAAAAUGUAAUCCACCACAAUGAUAACAUUCAAGUUUCAUUUGUUCGAGGUUGUAUGUAGCACCCUGGCGGUCUAGUACUGCCGCUCUGUAUACGUCUAAUGUUCCAUUGGGAGGGUGAUGGAAGCGGUCACAUUCGCAAUUCCACUCGCAGUUCUUGGUCUUAUAGGUGGCAUUUAAUUUAUAAUAUAUAAAAAACUAAAAAAACAAAAAACACCACGAAAGAGUUAACCAAACAACAGAAAACAACACUUCAGAUAAAUAACUAUACACAUUGUAAAUUACUUGAACAACUGUAACCAACACUACAUGAUAAUUCAGUAAAAUACGAUUAAAUGUUAAGGGUGUUUUUUGAAAUGUGUAUUUUGAAUUAAGCGUGAUAUGGAGUUUGAAAGUAGUAAACUUUUCAUCUUUGGUACCGAUUUACAGGGAGAAUGGAUAAUGCGAUUCUCACCAAAAUUGACAUUCAGGUGUGGAAAAAUAAGAUAAUAAUCACUAGUUAUUUAAAAUUAUAAUUUUUUUUUAAUUUUUUUUUUUAAUUUUUAAAAUUGCUGUUUAUUUUUGGGAAAAAUUUAUCUGUAUUUUGAAAUUUAAAAAAAUGUGAUAUGUUAACACGU